AUGAAGGCCACCACGCUGGGAAAGAUCAGGGCCUUCUGGCUCGGGAGUGUCGUUUGCAUGGGGGGAUUCCUCUUCGGAUACGACUCUGGAAUUGUCGGCGGCGUCUUGACCCUCUCCUCCUACCACGACGACUUCCGCUACUCGAACAAGCACAAAACCUGCGUCAACUCGCUCAGCGUCGGGCUGCAGCAGGCCGGUGCCUUCGCGGCCUACUUCGUGAUAUGGCCCAUCACGAAUAGACUCGGGCGGAAGAAGUCGCUGAUGCUGUCCUCGGCCGUCUUCUGCGUCGGUGCCAUCAUCCAGACCAUCAACACCCACUCCCUCGCCGCACUCUACGUCGGCCGUAUUGUGACUGGCAUUGGACUCGGCACUGCAUCGGUUGUUAUCGGGUCGCUUUUUCAGUGGUUUUACACCUUCGGAAUCUUUACAUCCUACUGGAUCGACUACGCUAUGACGAAGCGGGUCACGCCUGUGACGAAGCAAUGGCAAAUUCCGAUCGGCCUCCAGCUCGUUCCUGCCGCCAUGCUUGGCAUCGGCAUGCUCACACUCAAGGAAAGCACACGAUGGCUCACCAAGAAGAGCAGACACGAGGAAGCAUGGGAGAGCCUGAAAUGGAUUCGAGCCGACGAGUCCCUUGUGAUAGAACUCCUCGAACCGGACAACUUCAAGCGUAUCUUCACAUCUUUCGCCGUCUUCACCGCCCAGCAGGCAACCGGUGCUACUGCCUUCGCGUACUUUGGACCGCAAUACUUCAAGUUGCUCGUCGGAGGUGGGGAUAAGGAUCUUCUUUUGACGGCCAUCUUCGGAGCCAUCAAGGUCGUAGCCUGUGGUAUCUUCGUUCUCUUCCUUUCAGAACGGAUCGGCCGAAGACAGGUCCUGAUUUGUGGUGCGGCAUUCAUAGCAGCCUGCCAGAUCUCCUGCGCCGCUAUUGUCAAGAACAAACCCGCUCCCGAGAACGGAAACGUGACAUCAAGCGGUAUCGCCACGGUGGCCCUGAUAUACAUGUUCGUGAUUGCGUACAAUCUCAGCUGGGGUCCGCUGCCAUGGCCAUACGUCUCCGAAAUCUUCCCGACCAGAAUCCGGGAACCUGGUAUUGCGGUCGGAGUGUCGUCUCAAUGGCUCGUCAACUUCGUCUUCUCUCUCACUACGCCAUACAUGAUCGACAGCUUGGGAUGGGGUACGUUUCUUUUCUGGGGUCUUGCAGAUACCGUCAUCGCUAUCGGUACAUUUUUCUUUCUCCAUGAGACGAAAGGUCUUAGCUUGGAAGAGAUUGCUCACAAAAAUUUCGGGAAGGCGAGCAACUUCAAAGACAUUGAGGCAGAGCAUGUCGACGUUAAGUGA